UGUAUCGGGCACUGUACUGAGCGCUCGGGAGGUAGAAGUUGGCACUGUAUAGAGCGCCGCGGUGCCUCUCCAAGAGGGGGACUGGGCCAUGGAGAACGGCGGCGACCCCGCGGUCUACCGGGCCACCACGGAGGCGGCCCCCGGUCGCCCCCCGGGCCCCGGCAGGUGCGGCUGCGGCUCGCCGGCCUUCACCCUCAGCAGGCCCAACAGAAAACGCGGCCCGCUCAAACUCCUGCAGCUGGUGCUCUCGUUACUGGCAUUUAUUUGUGAAGAAGUUGUUUCACAAUGUACUGCCUGUGGAGGACUCUACUUCUUUGAAUUCGUAAGCUGCAGUGCCUUCCUCCUGAGUCUUCUUGUUUUGAUCGUAUAUUGCACUUCUGUGUAUGAUAAAGUCGAUGCCAAAAAAGUUAAGAAAUCGGAUUUUUUUAUUACUUUGGUAACUGGAGGUGUAUUUUUAUUGGCAUCAAUCAUUUUUGCUGCCACCAAUGACCAAACCUCAGCUGAAAUUGCUGCCACUGUGUUUGGGUUCCUUGCAAGUUUCCUGUUCAUAAUUGAUUUUUGUGUAAUGGUUUUUGAGAAACUGCAGAACUCUAAAAGGAGAAAAACUGAAAACAUGAAUGUUGCAGCAGUCAGCGAGCCACUCACUCAACAGAGUUGAACCUAUAAAGAUAUCGAGGACGAGGAGAUUUUUUUUUUUUGGCAAUUGACUUCCAGGUGGCAAAGGGAGCAAAAGUUGGAGGCACUGCUGAAAUUUUGAUUAUCCUUCAUGCCUCACAUAUAAUCUAUUUGGGUCAUUUGGGAGGAGGGAAAAGGGAAGGAGCUGGGUGGUUAGAUUUGAUCAGGGUACUACAACCAUUCUCUCUAAGUACUUAAUCCAAUAACUGCUUUUCAGUUUGGAAUUUUCAACAUUUGUUUGGUUUACUGUUGUUACAUUGCUGUUAAUGAUGUUUGCCUCAAUCUAAUCUCUCAAACCGAGCCUCUUCUGCACUUUUUUUUGUAAAAAAUUCAUCGACUUGUAGUUCUUCAACCAGUUUAAAGGCAAUAUAUGAGGCCCAGCUUCCACAUAACACUUUGAUGAUACUGUAAGUUGUGCAGUGUGACAUUUUAUUCACUCUCCCUUUUAUCCAUUCUACCUUUUUAUUGAUUGAUUUAAUCAGUAAAUCUUGCUUUUCACUAGAGAACCUAGAGAAGUCACACCGUGGAUAAUGCCUCUGUAAUUAUGUUUAUAACUUAUUAAAAAGGGAAAACCAUUUAUUGCUUGCUAGCUACAAGAGCUGCUUUUUCUCUUUUCAUAUCCGUAUGUCUCAAACUGUUUGUCCCUUAUAAAUAAGAUUCUACUGAGAAUAUUGUUAAAUUGAAAUAGUCCUGCCCUCCAUAUUGCAGUUGGCUGUCUUAUUAGAAAACAGUUCUUGCAAUUAGAGUUGGACAAAUUGAGCAGGCUGAGUUCCACAUCCUAAAGAUCAGAGGCAGAGAAGAGAUUCCUCAGUGGCCCAAAAUAAUAAGGAAACCUUCUAAAAAGUUAGUAGGGGCUACUUUACUUCCUCAAAUCCAGGUAUCAGAAAAACUAAUCUUGGAGACUUCUUGGAAAUCUUGGAGCAAAGGGGACAAUGUAGUAGAGUGACUAGAACAGAGUGAAUUAUAGCAAUCAUUGAUGGUUUUGGCACCUAAACACAAUUUGCAGCUUAUUCAUUCUGGUUCUGGGGGUGGGGAGGGGCUAAGGGACAGGGCAUCAGAUUCUGUGGCUCUUCUAUCUUAAAUGUACAAUGUUUUGAACAUUAGUUAGGGGUAAGGGUAUGCCAACAGAAUUGUCUGGUAAUGUAAAGCCUGAGCACAAGUCUAUGAAAGUGCUGGGAUUUGGCUUAAAAGAUGUGCUGAAAUUGCUCAUCUUUGUGCCUUGCAGACUGGGAAGAAAUACAAGUGGUUGGUUGUAUGUUUUUGGGGGUUUUUUUUCCCACACAUGUGCAAACCGUAAACUUCAAAGAAGCGGUGUGAAUUAGUGGGAGGUUGAAAAUGCCUGCCAGCUACUAUAGUUUAGAGUUUUGUGAGCUUCCCAGAUUGUAAAACAAUCAUGUUUGUAAAUUUAAUCAAAUUACUAGGUUACCUCUGGUAUUCUCCCCCCCCCCCACCCUUUAUAACAUUUGAUUUUACGGUUUUACCUUCCACUCAAUAGAUACCAAAAUAAUGGUUGUGAUAGUUUAAGACCUAAGUGUAUUUCCAUCUCCCAAGUAGUUUAGCUUACCUUCUUCACAUAAGUUAAAGCAUACCAGUUUAAAACACCAAAGUAUAAAAAAUAACAUUUUCCUUGAACUUGAUUUUUGAACCACUACAUGAAGGAAAUCAGAGGCUGAAGAGAUGUUGGGCAAUUUAUUAGAAUUUAAUAGAUAUUUCCUAUUGUGGGUCUUAAGAAUAACAGGUGUAUUUGUUUUUGUUCCUGCAUUAUGUUAAAGCACAUAGGCUGUUGAUUUAAUUAUCAGAAAUUCAGGUGCAUGGAUUAAGAAUUUUUCCAACACCGGAAGAAUCAGGGGGCAAUCCAGAGAAAGAGGUUGGGCUGGGAAAGGGGGACAGGGGGUGUGUGACUGUGAAGAGGAGUUGAUGAGGAAGAUGCAGGCAAGAUUUCAAGAUCCUUGAUGCGUGCUUUCUCCAGGCACCUGCCUCUCUUACCAUCUUGGCCAUGUCAUUGGUAGACCUUUUAUUUAAAACUUUUCCUUUCUGGGGAAAGGAGCUGCUAAAAGCUUUAGUGUACUUUGUAGAUCCUGGGUUUUUUUUUUUUUUCUUUAUCUAAACUACUGCUUUUAUAACAUCUACGCUAAUGUUACAGCUUUUUAAUAGAGCAAGUUGUGCUGCA